UAAAUACACCGUGAAAUAUAUUUCAAGUAGAUAAAAAUUAAACGCCAUACAAUAAUUGUGAUUUUAAAACGUAACAGCUUUCUGAUUGAAAAAAUGGCGAAUGUGUUAGAUUUAGCGUUUGCAAUGGAUUGUACUGGAAGUAUGGGUUCUUAUAUAACAGAGGCGAGGAACAAUAUUGAAGCUAUUGUAACCGAAGUUGUUGAAAGUGAAAAAUGUCAGGUUAGACUAGCCCUGGUUGAAUAUCGUGAUCAUCCUCCGCAGGAUAAAACUUUUAUUACGAGGAAACAUGAUUUCACAGAUUCCGCUGAUACUAUGAAACUGUGGUUACGGGAAUGUGAAGCCGAUGGAGGUGGCGACACUCCUGAGGCUGUUGCAGACGCGCUGAAUGAUGUACUAAAUCUUUCCUGGCGGGAAGAGGCUACGAAAAUGUGUGUGUUUGUAACUGAUGCUCCUCCACACGGUUUAGCUACAGAGGAUUGCAGCGAUUCGUUCCCAGAUGGCUGUCCAGAAGGGUUAGAUCCAAUGGAAAUUGCCAAGCUACUUGCAGGAAAAGGUGUAUCACUUUACGUGGUUGGGUGUGAACCAAGUGUAAGUCCUUAUAAGGACUUUUACCUCGCUGUAGCGCACGUAACUGGCGGACAGUACGUUCCGUUAGCGGAUGCAAAGGGUCUUGUGAAAAUAAUCAUAUAUGGAUCACGGGAAGAAAUGUCGUUGAAAAAGUUAGAAGCUGAGGUUGAAGAAGAGAUUAAAGUGUUGACAUCUUCAGGAAUCGUCAUAAAUGAAGAAGAACUGUCUUCAUCACUGCAUAAAAGAUGGAAAUCACGAGGAGAAAAGUCUAAACAAUUGAUGCUCAAUCAGCGAGGGUUAGAAACUGCAAAGAACUCCGCAGAUGCUAUGGCGAUGACGAAAAUGGGGUUUGAUGAUGUAAGAAGUCUUUUUUCUACGUCAUCAAGGGAGGCGAAAAAGGCGUCAGGAACGCUGCACGAUUCUAAAGCCAAAGAAAACGCCGGAGAAGGUCCUAGCAAGGACAUGGAUAUGGAUGCAAAAACUGCUAUGGUAACCGCUGCCUUAGCAGAUAUUAAAACUGCAUCUAAAUCAAGCUCUGGGGACUGGGUAAAGGUUGAUUUUAGCGGAUUAGCAGAAACAAUCGACUUUGGUCCGGCCGAAGAAAAAAAGCAAUCGAUAGAUGAAGGGUCUGGAUACCAGUGUAUUGAUGGAGGUGUAACAUUGUCUCAAACCAUGAGAGUUGUUCAAAAGUCAAUGAUGAAAAUGUCAAACAGCGGAAAGACUGAUAAAUGACAAGAUUUACAAUACAUUUAACACUGUAGAAAUAUAUAACAUACGGAAAGACUAAUCAGAAUUCUGUUUUAAUUAGUGACUAUAAACGCUGUGUUGCGACAUAUAUUAUCUAAUCAGUGUAACACGAUAACAUAUAUUAUAAAGUAAAGUGUAAAGUGUUUGUUUAUUAUAGCGUCACCUAUUUUUUAAUGCCAGGCACCAGACAGGUAGACAAUCGGUAACCAUUAUUUAACUAACUGGCGGCUCACCAACCGGUCUCUCUUCAGUAAGAAGACCCUCUUCUGGCAGGGCUCGAACCUUCGACCUCCCGAUUGCGGGGCAGGUGCCUUAUCCAUUAGGCCACCGCAGCUCGGUUUACAAUAAAGGUUAAUAAUACCAUAUACAAAUGUACUUGUAUUUGUAGGACAGGACAGAACAAUGUCGAUAAGUAAAAUAUUGUUAUUUAAUCGUAUAAACACAAUGAAAAGUUGAAAUACAUUCUUGAGAAUUCUAGAAAUCAACAAAAUCAUGCCAAUAUACUAAUUUUUAGUAAUUUUAGUAAUUUUAGUUUUUAGUAUUUGCUAAUAUCCUGUGUUUCUUUGUUAUUGUUAUUAAUACGUAAUGUCACUUGUUUUUGUUAUUGUUGUUUUAUUAGGUUUUCAUUUUGAAAUGGUUUUCUUUGUAUACAUAUUGUGAAGACUGGUUGUUAAACAGUUUAUAUCUGGAUCAAAUAAUCGAGGCCUUCGAGUGGUUUAUCGCUUGAUUUAUCACGGUUUAGAGUUCAGAUGUGCAGGCAUUGAAACACGGGGCAUAAGCCUGAGUGGUAAAUCUAUUCAACUGAACGAUGAAUCGCGGUAAAUAACACGUUAAAUCACAAGAAGACCUUGAAUAUUUUAAUUCUUACAUGUUCAUUGAAAUAUUUUGUUAAUUUAUGUAGGUCUUUAUUUAUCAGAGUAUUAAUGAACCGAGCAACCGUUGUAUAUCGCAGAAAAUACAGAGCUUGACCUUCUACUUUGUUUAACUGGCAAUGAAAUCCAGCCAUAUUAUAACUUAUAGAAUGAAUGAUGUUGUUAUUAUUAUCUUUUCAUUAUAAUUAUUAUUAUUUUCUAUGACCGUAUAUCCAUGGGUAAGAAAUAAAUCUCUAACUUGCGUAUAGAGAUUAGACCUCC